AUGCUAUGCGACGUCAAGCCUCCGCAGCGCAUCCUUGAGCCGUGCGAGACUCUAGCAGAGCCCAAGCCGCAGCUCAGCCUCUCGGUGCCUUCUCCCAGAAAGCCGGACGACCAGCUCUCCGUGGCCGACGACGUGCCGUCCUUCCAGGAGAAGUGUUCAAGCGACCCUUCGGAUGGCCCAGAUGUUGCGGAGGUGGAGAUGGACUGGGAGUCGCGGAAGGCAAAGAGUGUUCGGCCCUCCUUCCACCAGUGGGAGGUAGACCCGAGCAUGCCAAAAGGCGCGAGCAGCCCUCCUGAUCGCUAUAUGCACGAACUCCAUGUGCAUGAGAUCAAGGGAUUUCUCAAGGAUGUCAGCAAGAGCCCGGAACUGCUGAAUGUGAAAGUCAUCAUCAAGCGCUGCCGACAGGAAGCCAAGCAGCAGCAGCUGCUCCAGCAGCAGCCCGCAUCGCUGACGGAGAGGAGCAAGCAUUCUGCACCAAGAGUUGCAAACAGCUGGCCUCUUUCAGCGUUUGGUAGUAAGCAUAAGAAGGCAACCUGUUAA